GGUAAAGACAUUUUAUUGUGCAUCCUCUCAAAUAUCGUUGAUAUUAAACAGUUCGGUGCAGCUAUCCAUAUAAGUGUCCAAAGACAUAUGAGCUGCAUUCUAGUUCCCAUACAUACGGGGGAACUCAGAAACUAAAACAAAGAAGCGUGUGGCUGAUUGCAUGUAAUUAAGGGAACAACUUGCCAUGAUAGCUUCAGUCUAAGAUCUGGUAAGGGAUCUUGACGGUGCAGACUGGCCAAAAACCUUAGUAAAUCUUAAAAAGAUAUUAGCUCCCCCACUUUGCCUUUCUGACAUAUGCAGAGAGAGAUAAAUGGAAUACAAAACUUUGAAACAGAACAGGAUGCUUCCUUCUGUAGGUGAUGACUGUUUGAUUUAUGUAGACUGUAGCCAAUAUACAAUGGCUGCUUACAGAUGAUGGGAAAUAUUCGCCCAUGAGGAGACUCGUGCAUACAAGUAAAAUAAAUGCAUUAUUAGAUAGUGUCUCUUCCCCUCAUCUUUCUUUUCAUUCCUUCCCCCCCCCCCAUGCCCAGGGGGGUUUUAUUCUCCCUCUCUCUCCCUCCCCCACAUGCCCAAAUUGCUCUGUGCUGGGAGACUCAGAUUUAUCCGCCGGGCGUUAAGAGUUAAGACGUUGAGGGGAGAAGAAGAGGAGGGGCCGGGAAGGGAGCUGGAGGGGGAUCUGGUGGGGGCAGAUUUCCAGCUUCUACGCCACUUUGCCUAAAUUAAAAAGCAACCAAUCGGAACGGCCGGAAGGGGGGGCCUCGCGUCCGGAGCCCGUCAUUCCGGCUGUGUCAAUCACGCAGCGGGUCUCCAAUCAGCGGGGGCCCUUGCGCUCGACUUCCUUGUAUUUGGGAAAGGGUGGUGGUGGUGGUGCGCGCGCUCGGCGGAGGGUAAACAUUCGGCCGUCCCCGCGCUGCGAGGGAGGGACGGGGAGAGAGAGAGAGCGAGCGAGCGAGAGCUGUCAGGGCGAGCGCGCCGGUGGGGACGAGCCGCGCCGCUCUCCUCCCAGCACCACCCGGGCACGCUCUGCAAGCCGCCAACUUCCCCCGCUGGAGUUAGUGUACCAAGGAGCCCCUAGAUGCACGCACACAUACGCACACCUCUCUACCCAGGCUCUUCUCCUCCCGCAGCCCGCUGCUGGAAUUAACCACCAACCUUGCAAGGGAAGGAGAACCGUCUCUCCACCUCCCUCCUUUUUCUUUCCUUGCCUUUUUUGUUUGUUUGUUUGUUUGUUUGUUUGUUUAAAAAAAAAAGCCGCCUAAGAGGGGGGCAGGGGGGAGGGAAGAUGUCUCACCCAGCCCGUGCCUCCGGCGAGAAGGCUCCAAAGGGACUUGCGUUUCAAAGGGGACAGAGUGCUCCAGCGAGAGCCCAACUUUGAGACAUGCAGCAGCAGCAGCAUCCCCAGCACCGCCGCCGCCAGCCUCAGCCCAGGAAGUUUUCCUAGGACGCCGACCAAACUUGGCGAGAGAGGAGGAGGAGGCGAGAGCCGGGAGCCGAGCAGGGAGAGAGCGAAGAGAGGGAGCGCGAGAGAGAAGAGCCACCCGCGCGCACAAAGCCUUCGAGGAGGAAGGGAAAGAAAAAGUUUCGCUCCGGCAGGGGAAGGCGGCGCGGGCGAGAUGUGCUCCUGAGGGAGUGCCGGGGAGAAGGAGAAGGGGGCUCGCCGUUGUGUCUCCACCCCCCCCCCCCGCCCCUGCUUUUGAGCGUUGAUUUUUAUUAUUAUUAUUAUUAUUAUUUAUUUUGUCUUCCUGCAAAAAGAAGCAGCCGAGGCGUUAACAGGGGAAGGGCGCUCACGGGAGAUCGGGGCCAAACGCCCACGAGGCUGGUGAGGAGGCGAGCCCCGGGUGCCUGCGGAGCGGCGCGAGUUCCCGGGAGAGGGUGUUGACAAAGGGAGCCGAAGAGCCCCCAGUUGUGCGGAUUGGUGGCACGCCAGCAGGCAGGGGGGUGGGGGAGCGGAAUGGCCACCGCGGCUUCUAACCCUUACCUACCCAGCAACAGCAUCCUCUCCGCCGGCUCCAUCGUGCACUCGGACUCCGGCGGCGGGGGCAUGCAGCCGGGCAGCGUCGCCGUCACCUCGGUCUCCGGCGGCUACCGGGGCGACCCCUCCGUCAAAAUGGUCCAGAGUGACUUCAUGCAGGGAGCAAUGGCUGCUAGCAACGGCGGCCAUAUGCUGAGCCAUGCCCACCAGUGGGUGACAGCCCUGCCUCAUGCAGCCGCCGCCGCCGCCGCCGCCGCCGCCGCCGCCGUGGAAGCCGGCUCGCCCUGGUCCACCAGCCCGGUGGGGAUGAGCGGCAGCCCCCAGCAGCAGCAGCAGCAGCAGCAGCAGCAGCCGGAUGUGAAAGGCAACUCCGGCCGAGACGACCUGCACGGCGGCACGGCGCUGCACCACCGGCCACCCCACCUGGGUCCCCCACACCAGGGCCACCCGGGCGCGUGGGGGGCCACCGCCGCCGCCCACCUCCCGUCCAUGGCCGGGGGACAGCAGCAGCAAUCGCUCAUCUAUUCCCAGCCCGGGGGGUUCACGGUGAACGGGAUGCUGAGCCCUCCCCCUGGCAGCCAGAGCUUAGUGCACCCGGGACUGGUGAGGGGAGACACGCCGGAGCUGGGGGAUCACCCCAGCCACCACCAUCACCACCACCACCAGCAUCAGCACCACCAGCAGCACCACGGCGGGGUCAACAGCCACGACCCCCACUCGGAUGAGGACACGCCGACCUCGGAUGACCUGGAGCAGUUCGCCAAGCAGUUCAAGCAGCGGCGGAUAAAGCUGGGCUUCACGCAGGCAGAUGUGGGCUUGGCCCUGGGCACCCUGUACGGGAACGUCUUCUCCCAGACCACCAUCUGCAGGUUUGAGGCUCUGCAGCUCAGCUUCAAGAACAUGUGCAAGCUCAAGCCUUUGUUGAACAAGUGGCUGGAGGAAGCCGACUCCUCCACGGGCAGCCCCACUAGCAUCGACAAGAUCGCAGCCCAGGGCAGGAAGAGGAAGAAGCGGACCUCCAUCGAGGUGAGUGUCAAGGGGGCCUUGGAGAGUCACUUUCUGAAAUGCCCCAAGCCCUCCGCCCAGGAGAUUACGAACCUAGCGGACAGUCUGCAGCUGGAAAAGGAGGUGGUCAGGGUUUGGUUUUGCAAUCGGAGGCAGAAAGAGAAAAGGAUGACCCCCCCGGGGAUCCAGCAGCAGACCCCCGACGAUGUCUACUCCCAGGUCGGCAACGUGAACUCCGACACGCCGCCCCCACACCAUGGACUGCAAACAAGUGUGCAGUGAGAGUCACAACAGUAAGGGAAAGGAAGAGAGGCGAGAAAGGGAAAGGGGGAGGGGGGACCGACAACAACACCACACACACAAAAAUCCAGACUUGUUUCGACUAUCUAUCUAUCUAUCUAUCUAUCUAUAGAGUAUAUAUAUCUAUAUAUACAUAGAUAUAGAUAUCUAUAUGAAACGUUUGAAAAGGUCGAUCCGAGCGCUAACAUUUAUACUGUGGUUGGGAGGGGGUGGAGAUGCAUAAUGCACCAAAACUGCAGAUUUUUUUUCUUUCUUUUCUUCUUCUUUUUUUUUGUAAACAUUUUUAAAUUAUCCCCUAUUUCAGCAAUGAACAGCACCCACCCCUUCUCUCCCUUUAGGCCCCCACCUCCCAAAAAAUGCCCCCCCCCAAGGGCUCUCGUAUACGAAUCACGGGAACUUUUUUCUCUCACACACACUUUUUUCUUUUUUUAUGGGAGCAAUCCAAAAAAGGGAAGCAAAAGCAAAAUCAUCUGCCUGGUCGGAGGGUGCCUGCUGCAUUCCAGGACCCUGUUUUUCUUGGCCAAACCACAUCAUUUUGGUGCAAGAUAUCCAUGGGGGGGGAGGGGGAAUCUUGCAAAAUGAAAAGGGUCACUUUCUCCGGGGGGGGGGGGGGAAUAUGCACACUGCACUAAACACAAGCAGACUGUAUAGGGAAGCAAAUAUAUAUAAACAAAAAUAUGAGAAUAAAUACCCGCAUACCGAAAGCUGGGGGGAGCGGGGGGAGGGACAGACACCGUGAGAAAAAAAGAGGAGAGAUUGUUGGUCCCUAAAGUUCGAGCUCUAUAAAAGGACUUUUCAUGAAUUAAGGGAAACAGCCAGAUAAAGGGAAAUAAUUUAGGGCUGUCAAAGUCGUGCUCCUGACGGCUGCCAAUCACCGUGGAAGAUUCCUUUAAAAAAUCCACUGCUAAUAUUUUUUUUAUUAAUAUUUUUAUUUUUAUUUCUGGACUGAUUCAGAGAAAGGGAUUUAGAAGUACUGAGCGUCUGCAGCUGCACUUAAUCUGAACUUCUCCUCUCCUAAAUCCGUUGCCAACUUUGAUUGAAUGGGUGCUGGUGGAUGUGAUUAUAUAAUACUGCCAUUUCCGAGCAGUGUUUUUGGUAGGUUUUAAUAAACAGACUUUUCAAAAAGACGGCAAUAUAGAAUUGUUAGAUCCGUUGUUGAUCUAAAAAUAUUUGCUUUAUAUUUUCAUUAAAUGACUUCUUUUAAUAUUUUAUUCAGAAUACCUAUGAACUGCUGCAAAACGGUAAUUUAUUUUUCCCCAGAUCUUGUAUUACGUGUGUUUUUCAGACGAGCACAAAUCAAAAUGAAAUGAAAAUAUGGACAGUUGUUAGGUAAUAAGGGUAUCUUUUGAUGUGAUAAUUUGAUUGUAAUUUAAUUUGAGUAGUGAUUCCGUAAGAGCUGAUUGAGAAAAUAAAUUUGUUAGAAUGAAAUAGUCUGUGUCUGAUGCAUAAACACUGUGUCGAAAAAGUUCUCUUAAGGAAAUAUUGCAAAUAUUUAAGUGAUAGAACGAAGGAUAACCUGCUUUCUGUAUCUGGUGUCUACUUCAGGUAUCUGGAAAUGCAGAGUUCCAGUAUUCAUGCUGUUAGCAUUUUAGUACAGUACUCAUUUCUUAUAAAUCCGUAUACAGAGUAAAUUUCCAUAGAGUUUUUUUAUAAAUAUCCCUGUGUAAGGGCAUAGUAAGGCAAGAUUAGAGAAUAAAAGGCCACGUUCUUUAAAAUAAUUGUUUAAUUUAAGAUUAAACUUCAAUGCAGUAGAUGUGUAAGUGUAUGGACUGAUAAUUAAUGGCUAAUAGUGAAAGCAGUUAUGUUUUUUUAAAGUUUAGUCUCUUUUCAAACUAAGAAACGAAGGCUAGAAGCUUUUUAAGUAUAAAUUAUUUUGACACAUUUUAUGUCUGUAUAAUAUUUGUAUUUAAUUUAUCGUUAUAAUUUAAAGAAAGUACUUUUUUCCAAAAAAAAAUAUAGAGAUGAUAUUUUCAAAAUCCUACCUACGGUCCUCAUAGUUUACCAUUUUUGUUGUUGUUGUUGUUGUUUGGUUGGUUUAGGCUUUUUUGUACGAGGUGUGCAGUGGUGUAGUACAGUUAUUCCUUCACUCGACUUUAGUGUUGCCAUUCCUUCUUUACAACAAAUGUGUGUAUAAGUAAUGUUAAAGAUGCCAAUUGAUGCACUAGGUAGGCUGUCAUAUUUAUCUGCUAAAUUUAUUGCAAUAUACACACAAGUGAAUGAAUAUUUCAACUCUUCAUUUUGAAUUGGUAAUGUUGUCGAAACUACAGAUCUAAAUUUAAUGCCUCUAUGUACCCCCUGAAAACGUAUUAUAGAGAAAUAUUUUAUUUUUUUAUUAAUGUAAGCUUUCAAUAAUCUCUGGUUUCCCCCGUUCCCCCAUUUUCUUCCUCCCUCCCUUCUUUCUCGCUAUGUGAUAUUGAUGCUGGGGUUAAAACCCCAGAAAACUGCUGUAGAAACAACACACAUUUAUUCCUUUUUGACAGGCCUUGUGUCACUUUCAUAAAUCAAAUCAAACCAUAUAGCCGUGUACUGGGAUGCAUUAUUUUAACACCAGGUCUAGUAAAUAUCACGCUCGUUUUGAUUUGUGAAAUCCGAAAAGGCCAUAUUAGAAAAAGGAAAAGUGAAAGGGGAUACAAGACAAUUUCAUUUAUUCUCUUUGUUUAAUUUAAGAGCUUCCCAGUAAUUUUAUAACGGGGGGGGGGGGGAGGGGAGAGGGAGGGAAGGAAGGAAAGGAGGAAUCAUGAAUUUUGCUACAUGCAAGGGAAAUCAAAGAAAGGACUUCCAGUUUGGAAGCAGUGGGUUUGUUUUUAUGUGGUGGAUACUAUUAACACGUGAGGUGGAACCCUAUUUUUCACACAUGAAGGGUGGUGGCUUAUUAGACAUGGAGUAGGUCUAUUUAAAUUUCUUAGUGGUAUUUGGUUACUGGAUUUGGAUGACAACAAAGAGCUACAUAGGCUUCACACUGGUUUCUAUUAAAAGACAACCUUUGCGAAUUUCUGCAUAAGAAGGGCUGAUUUUUACACUAGAGGAAUAACAUUUGGUAGUAGGAACGUGCAAAAUCUGUU